CCGACCUCAUAGAGAGUGACCAAGACCUCGAGCGAAAUUCUCUGAGCGAGAGCACGAGCGAUGGAGAGCAAGGUAGAAGCAGAAGCAGUGCAGCUGGCGGGGAAGAAGAAGAGCACCUUCCCGUCGUCGGCCGCCGACGACGGGAGAGUGGAAGCCGCCAGCAUGGGCAUCAUGGCGUCGUCGCCUUCUGCCGCCUCUCCAGCAGCCAUCGUCUCCGCCUUCCUUGCGCCCCCGCUGUCGCUGCUGCGUCACGUCGCUUCUCUCUGCGCCGGCUACCUGGGCCUCGACGGCGGCCUGAAACCUCCUGCUGCUGCUGCUCCUCCUGCGUCGUCGUCGUCUUCAGCAGCUGCCGCCGCCACUUCUCAGCGAGGCGAGGUCGUUGACGUUGAGGCUGCUGCAUCCGUCGAAGAUUACUGCGCGGCGGAGGUGGUGCUUGCAAUUGAGGUGCGGUCGCGAGGGUUCACGCCACCACAGCGUCGCAGCGCACCCCGGGAAUCCAAAAUAGCCGCCGUUGGGGGAGUGAUUCAUUAGCAGCUUCGGCUGCAGAAACGGGAGAAGAAGCCUUAUCUGGUUGCGCAGUAAUUAAUAGAGUAUUGAACAUGCAUGCGCGCGCUUAAUUAUUAGUUCAGUUCAAGAACAGUCUUCUUGUGGUUCGGUUCGGAAUAAAAAAAAACAGAAAAAAAUGUAUAGCUAUUCCUCCCCUCUGAUCAGUAUCAAAAAGAGUGUCGAUCAUUAUGGGUUUCAUGAAUAUUGUAUAGUAUUUUCAUUAUAGUCAUUACAUGUAUUUCUGUAA